AUGCUCCGGUUUAUUCUUGUUCAAAACCGACAAGGAAAAACAAGGCUUUCGAAGUGGUAUGUUCCAUGUGAUGAUCAAGAAAAAAAUAAAAUUAAAGGAGAAAUUCAUCGUCUUAUUGUUUUUAGAGAUCAGAGACGUCAAUCUAACUUCGUAGAUUUUGAUAAUUAUAAAAUUAUUUAUCGAAGAUAUGCAGGACUUUUUUUCUCUGUAUGUGUAGAUUUAGAUGAUAAUGAACUGGCUUAUCUUGAGGCAAUUCAUCUGUUUGUCGAAGUUAUUGAUAGUUUUUUUGGAAAUGUUUGUGAACUAGAUUUAAUUUUUAAUUUUUAUAAGGUUUACGCUAUUUUGGAUGAGGUUUUUUUGGCUGGUGAACUUGAAGAAACAAGUAAAAGUGCUAUUUUUAUGCGUUUGGAUGAUUUGAGUCUUUUAGACUAG